CUGACUGAGGACGUAGGAUCGAUGCCUGUCCGGGGCUUAACCUUGAAAUGCCUUGCUCUUACUCUUAUUAAAAUUUGUCAAACAAAAUUUUUUCAAUUUUCAGCAAUUUGUACAUCCCCCAAUGAAAAAUAGUGAAUUAUUAUGUAGAUGUAAUCACGAUGGUUGUAGUAGGGAAAUUACUGAUAUUGCUGGAUCUAAAUAUGAAGGAAUAUGUAGAGCACAUACUGGAGGACAAUGCAGAAGAAUGGUCCAUCUGGGAAAAGAUAAAAAAAUUAAAGAAGUUGUGCUUUCUUGUAUGCACGCCGACCAGUUAGUACCUAAAGAACGUCCUUUUGUCUGUCAAAGUGUUAAUACAUCACAACUUAUACAAAUAGUUAAAUGUUGUAGAGAUGGCUCUUUUUGCAAUGAUAAAAAGUUUUCCAUCGAAACAACUGGACAAGGUUUUCCUGAAAUUACAAAUGAUAACGACAAUUCAAAUACUUCAUAUUUGUAUUUUCUUUUGCUUUUUGCUGUUUCUGUCCUCUUUUCUGGAUUUGGACUUUGUGUUGGAAUUAAUUUUGGUGCUAGAAUUAAGAAAAGAAUAAAGAAGUCUUUUGAUAAUUUGGUUACUCGCUUGAGGAAUUUUUACAAUCGUCGUUUGCGUUCUACAAGAAAUAACAACAAUUUACCAAUGGAAGAAGUUUAUAGGGUAAAUGAAGAAGAUGAUGAAGAAUAUGAUCAAUUUAUAACAACUGAUACUGGUGAAAAAAGAAAAGUUUUGAAAAAAUUAAUUGGGGAUUUGGAAAGAAAACAAAAUCCAAUAUCAACUGGUUCUGGUGCUGGAAUGCCAAUUUUAGUUCAAAGAACAAUUGCUUGGCAAAUAAUUUUGAAAGAUUGUAUUGGACGUGGACGUUUUGGAGAAGUUUAUAUGGGGGAAUGGAGAGCUGAAAAAGUUGCUGUAAAAAUUUUUUUAUCGAGAGAUGAGCCUUCUUGGCAAAGAGAAACUGAUAUUUACAAGCAUAAUAUGUUGAGACAUUCAAAUCUUCUUCGAUGGAUUGGAAGUGAUACAAAAGAUGCUGGUUCAUCUACCCAACUUUGGCUAGUCACAGAAUAUUUACCAAAUGGAUCUCUUUAUGAUUUUCUUGAACAAAACAAAAUUACAUUAGAAAUGAAUAUUCAAUUUAUGCGUUCAAUAGCUCAUGGAUUAGCUUAUUUACAUUCUGAAUUGCCUGGAGUGAAUAAUCAAUGCCAUAAGCCUGGAAUUGCACAUAGAGACAUAAAAUCAAGAAAUAUAUUAAUCAAAAAUGAUUGGACUUGUUGUAUAGCUGAUUUGGGAAUGGCUAUAAGAUAUGGAAAUGGUUUAAUUGAUAUUCCUCAACAGGAUCGAGGAGGCACAGUGGUGGGUAAAUUUAUAAAUUUUACAAAAUUUUAGGGGAGUUUUUUCUAACUUUUGGGUUUUGAUUUUUCGAAAAAAAUUUAUAUUCUAUUUCUUUUCAUUUCUUUUAUUUAGCGUUAUCUCGCGCCUGAAUUUCUUGCCAACAAUUACAUCCGUGACUCAUUCACUUCUUAUUUACAAAUGGAUGUUUAUGCAUUUUCU